UCGAUUAUGUUGGCAAUAAUCUUUCCGUUUACGCAUAUUGAAUAUGAUAUUUUGAGUUAUCCCACCUAGGGAUGUGUCUAUGGUGACAGUUUCAAUUCAAAAUAUUUAGAUUGGUGACGGAUGAUUUUCUUUUUAUUCGCUAAAUAUUAUACCUUCUCAUAAAGUUAUAUAUAUAUAUAAAUGUGGUAGUUGGCGAAUAUUACAUAAUAAUAUAAACUAUUGGUAUUAAAUUAAAUAAUAAAUACAAUUUAAAUAGAGAAAAGACCAGGAAGAAAAUUGAGAUUGUACUACAAUAUAACAAUGAAUUCCGAUGCACAAGAUCCUUGUUCAAGUGGAUUAAUAGUUCCAAUUAUUGUUGAAGAAUUGGAUAGCAAUUCUUUAGACAAGUACGACUUGGCAGAAUUUCGUGAAGCACAAACUGUAACUAUACAGAAUGAAGAAGAACAAGAACAAGAAAAAAAUGUUGAAUCAGAUGUAAAUUAUGUAGAAUAUGAUGCAGAGCGAGACCAUGAGCUAACAAAUAAGUUCUUAAAUGGAGAAUUAACUUUCGAUCAGUUUUCGGCGCAGAUGGAGGGCACUAGCUCGUCUGAGGAAGAAGAUGAAACUGAUAUAACAAAGCAGAAAUCUGAAAUUUCGGAACGUGUACAUAAGCCACACAAAUCUAAAGUGAGGCGAAACCAAAGAACACAACUACCUCCUGCGCUUCUUGGACUCAUGGGUGAAGCUAAUCUUCGGUGCGCCAGAGGUGAAAUGGAAAUAGCUGAAAACAUUUGCUUUGAGCUAAUAAGACAGGUACCUACUGCUCAAGAACCUUUCAUAACAUUAGCACAAAUAUAUGAAAUAAGCAACCCAGAAAAAUCACUUCAAUAUUCAUUAAUCGCAGCCCAUGUGUGCCCUCACAAUGCUGAACAAUGGGUGAGAUUGGCAAUUCAAUCUGAAGACUUAGGAAAUAUAAAGCAAGCGAUCAUUUGUUAUGAUAAAUCUUUAAAGGUGGAUCCUAAAGAUGUUAGUUUGCACAGAAAGCUAAUAAAACUUGUCGAAACAACUAAUGAUACAAAAAUGACAUUGCGAUGUUAUUUACGAUAUUUGGAAUAUAUACCUUUAGAUGAAGCAGAAGAAAUAGUUCAAGUAGCAAAAAUGAUAGCAACUAAUUACCAUCAUGAUAAUAAUAUUUCAAAAGCAUUAAAAGCUUUAGAAAUUGCUUAUUCUCGAGUACCACAACAUUUCAAAGAUCCUGAUAUAAAUUUGCUUUUAGAAUUAAUGAUAGGAGUAGGAAAAUAUCAAAGCGGCUUACAAGUUCUAGCUCAACAUGCAAAUGUUGUAAUUGAAGGAAUGACUGAGUUAUAUGAAAGUAAAGAGGGUGUUGAUCAAAAGUUCUUUGUGGUUAAUUGCACAAUACCCGAUGAUUUAAUUUUAGAUUUACGUGUCAAGUUAAUAAUAUGUUUGGUACAUUUGCGAGCUGACCAUUUGUUCAAUGAUUUACUACACCAUUUAUUAAUUAAAGAUGAUAAAGAAGAGUAUGGUGACUUAUAUUUAGAACUUGCUGAAGCUCUUAUGAAAGAAAGCUAUUUUGAGGCUGCAUUAAAAUUGUUAUGCCCAUUAAUAGAAAGCAAUAAUUUUAGUUUAGCUGCAGUUUGGUUAAGAUAUGCAGAAUGCCUGCAGGCUUGUGGGAGGAUAAACGAAGCAAUUACUUCAUACCAAACUGUUAUCCAUUUAGCCCCUAAACACUUAGAGCCUAGGAUGACCGUUUCCAUUCUUCUUAGGGAACAGAAUAAGUUUGAAGAAGCAUUGAAAGCUCUAGAGCAAGAUGAAGAUUUGGACAUGUUAGAUCCCGGAUUGCUUUUUGAACGCUGUAAAUUACUGAGGAUAAUGGGAGAUGAACUUCAAUUAUUACAAGUUGGGCAACUUUUAUUAUCAAGACAUUGCGUUCGAAUAAGAAAUGCUGAAGAGGCGGAAGCUUUAACUAGAUUGCAGGAAGUUGUACGUAAAAAAAUUGCUAUUAAAGAAGUAAGAAUGGCUAGAGGUGAAUUAUAUGAAGAUGUUGAUGCUCCAAUAUUUCUUAAUGCAAAUGAACCAAGUAUUCAAGAUGAAUGGCUUUUAUUGAAAGAACUUCUUCAAAUCGCCUUCAAGAAAAAACAAUUUGGAUUAUGUCAACGUAUAUCUUUUUCUGCAUUGGGAUCUAAGCGUUUUAAGGAAUAUAUACGCGAAUUAGAGUUUACAUGCCUUAUUAUUUGCCUUGCAAAUCAAGAUGGUUAUUUAGGCUUCAACAUAAUUCGCGAACUAGUACAGAAAAAUUAUGAAAAACACCGAGUAUGGAAUUUAUACAAUCAAAUUAUUCAAAGAGCAGAUGACGUAAGACAUAGUAAAUUCUUGAUGCGCUUUUUAUGUCGCAAUGGUCAUAAUCUAAAUCCUGCUGUAAAUAUUCUUACUGGAAACAAUUGUUUGGUUGCAGGUACUUAUAAAUAUGCUCUAAGUGAAUAUGUAUCUCGGUAUAAGCAUGAUGGUUCAGCUUUACAUGCAUUUAUGGUCGGAGUUACCAUGUUCCAAAUGGCUUGUCAAAAAUUUUCAGCAAAGAGAUCUAGUCUUAUAACUCAAGGAAUAGCGUUUUUUACUAAAUACGCGGCGGGACGCGGUAAAGAAGCCCAACAUGAAAUUCAUUAUAACACAGGACGUGCCUUUCACCAACUGGGCUUUUCACACGUGGCAAUCCAUCACUACUUGAAGGUUUUAGAAAUAACAAACUCUUUAAUUGAAUCUCGUCCUGAAAUACUAGACUUACGUAAAGAAACAGCUUAUAACAUACAUUUAAUAUAUGCAAAAAGCGGUUCGCAUGAUUUAGCUAGAAUGUAUUUACAAAAAUAUAUUGUAUUAUAA